AUGGUAAUGGAGUCAUCUCUUACCUUCAUGUUUGCUGCUCUUCUCAUGGUAUUUUCUCUCUUCACCUCUCCCACUUCUGGGGUCACCCAAGAGACCUUGGCCAGCAUCUGCUCCCAAACCCAGAACCAGGAAAUCUGUGAGGGCAUUCUGGAAAGCGUUCCGGGCACCACCUCAGCUGAUCUGCAUGGGCUUUCUCUGAUAUCAAUCAAUCUAACGAUGAAACAAGGAAGUAGCAACUACGACACUUUCACAAAGUUCAUGGACAAUUCCACCGAUACUGCAUUGAAGGAGUCUUUCAGAAAUUGUGUGAGUCUUUAUAAUUCAAUAAUGGAAAUGCUGAAAGUGGCCUACCAGUUGUCGGAGAAGAAAGAGUAUGAGAGCAUUACCCAGCCGGGGGAAUCGCAGACGCUGGCCUACAACUGCGCGAAUGGGCUCCCUAUAGACUCACCAACCGAUGGUAUCAGCCGAGAUAUGAUCAUAACCUGUGAAACUUCAGUGAGUGUGAACCAGUAUAUUGUUGGGGUUUCAUUGAAAUGA